AUCAAUCGAGCGCUGACGUCAUCGAGCGAGUGAAGAUGGCGGAUCCGAGCGCAAAACAAACCGGGCAGAAAGUAACACACACACACACACACACACACACACACACACACACACACACACAAUCACUCGUACAGCCUCUGUCUGAGAUUAAUAUAAUAAACACCUGGCCUGUGUCUGUCAUCAACACA